CCCAGUGAGAGAAGAAGGCGAAAGAAGAAGAAAUAGCUAGCAAGGAAGCAAAUUGUUUUAAAGAUAUUUGCGAAGUUAAAGGCGAAAAAGUUUCCUCAUUGUGCAACUCAGUAAAGCUAGUGUGGUAUUCAGAGUUGAUGCUGAAGCACAUAUUGUAUAAAAGUUGUGAGUCUUACAAAGGAAUGAGCUUUACUUAUCGAGGAAGUCGUCCAUUUGGCUAACGAAAUAGUAGCUAGCUAGGUUGCUAACUAAUGUUAGCAAGAGGAGUUCUUUGUUUUCUUUUUCAGUUAGAGGUCUGUUUAACUAUGAUGCGAAACUAGUAGCAACACCGUGGUUACCAUUUAACAUGUGUGUAGGAGUUUAAUAAUAAUGUUGGGUGUGCUUUUGGUGACACAUAGAUGAACAGUUACUAAAAUAAUUUCUUGGACAUUGGAAAUACUAAACUAUCAUUAGCCACCGAAAGCAACUUUAGCAGCACCGGUCUAAACGUCGGCCAGGAAAGGACUGGAGACAAGAAGAUAUGGGCAACUGUCUCAAGUCUCCAACAUCAGACGACAUCUCACUGCUCCAUGAAUCCCAGUCAGAUAGGGCAAGUUUCGGUGAUGGGACAGAUCCAGACCUGGAGCCUCCUCCGCCGUACCAGGAGCAGGCUCACAUGCCCAUGUACCAUCCUACUCCCAGCCAGGCCCGUCUGGCCACCCAGCUGACAGAGGAGGAGCAGAUUCGCAUUGCUCAGCGCAUUGGCCUCAUCCAGCACCUCCCUAAGGGUGUUUAUGAUGGAGGACAAGAGGGCUCAGAGAAGAAGAUAAGAGAAUGCGUGAUCUGUAUGCUGGACUUUGUUUAUGGGGACCCCAUUCGGUUCUUGCCAUGUAUGCACAUCUACCACAUGGACUGUAUAGAUGACUGGCUGAUGAGAUCUUUCACCUGCCCCUCCUGCAUGGAGCCUGUGGAUGCUGCCCUGCUCUCCACCUAUGAGACCAACUGAUUUUUCAUUCCCUCCCCCUGAUGCAGAGAUCAAACUCAUCCCUUCCAGCACCCAAAUCUAACAGCUACCCUCUUAUUGAGUGAGAGGAGCUGAAAAUGUGUUGGUUAUUGUCUUGCACUUUGAAAAUUUCAAAAUUCAUUAACCCAAUGUUGGCCUUCUUUCCCCCCAGGUCAGAUGCUAAUUAAGCUGGCCUUAAAACCUCAGUUACGCAAGUCUGUAACAAACUUCCCUGACAACCCUGCAUGGCAGUGUCUAUGCGUUUAUCUUGCUGAGGCAGUGUCUACUAUUGCCACAGACAGUGGGUACAUUGGAUUUGUGUGGGUGAGAGCUGUUUGGUGAAUUAGCAUUUCCACUUGAGCUGGUCUCAGUGGGAUUUCUCCACAGAUGACCUCAGUUCACCUUAAUCCCAGUUGAUAAUGAAAAAGGAUUUAAAAGGACAGUCAUUUUAAUAGACUAUUGACCCAUCUACUGAAAGGUGUUGCUAUACAUCUGUUGUAUUAAAUUAGAAUUUUCCUGUGGCUACAGUAAGCAAAGCCAUUGAAACAUAUUGAUCUCCUGAACAUGCUCUAACUUAAAACUGGUUCUAUGCUUUGUUGAUAUGGGAAUACAAGGCUGAUAUUAACACUUAUGGGUGUGGAAGAAACUGAGCCUUAUUGUUUUCCAGUUGGGCAGGAUUACAAUAAAUAUGCACACAUGAUGUUAAAUAAAUCAUCCAGAGAGUAAAUGUAUAUGGUGUUUGACAUCAUGGACAUCAGAACAACACAAUGUUUUUCUUUGUCCUGUCCUUAAAUUCAAGGGAAAAAGAAAUUGUUACACGAAUGUUUAAAACUGUGUAAAUUAUCUAACAGCCAGUAUAAAGGGCUCAUCUGUGCAUGGGCAGGUGGGUCAGUCAGUUAAACAUUAGAUAUGCUUGCACACACUUUUCAUUCAAUACAGAGAUUUGCACUUUACUUAUAGGACAUUAUCUAAAACAAUAUAUUAAUAUAUGUACCUUAUAACCUUGCACUAUCAAGACUUCAUUCCUUUAUUUCCUGAGAUGCAAAAGUCAUAUAGCUGAUAGGUAUUUUCCAAGCUGUCUGUAGUCUUUUAUCACACAGGUAAACCUGAAGGUGCAUUUAAUUAAAUCUGUGAUUUAGUAGUGUGAAAACCUGCUUUAUUUUGUCAUUUAAUUUCAGAUUCUUCCAUACAAAGGGACAGAGGCUUGCUCAAGGUGGAUGGAGUAGUUUUACACGUUACUUUUAUUUUUUGUUGAGGGUUGGUUGAAGAGUAAUCAUGUAGAGACACAUAAUCUGUCUUUUCUUAAGAAUCAGAAGUCUCCUCAUCAUUAGAUUUUUUUCCCUUAGGUGCAUGCUGUUUAAUAUGAAAUUGUACCAGUGUGUUCACCAUCUUGUUUUCUAACUUUAGGCAAACAUUAUCUUCCUGCUGUCAGUCUCCUGUGGUAACUCCUGGCAAGAAAAGAAAGUAUAUCAAACUAAAAUGAAGCAACAUUUGUUCAUACACGAUAAUAUUUUUGUUUUAUUUCAGUUCUCUGUAGCAGUAGUUAAUUAAUCUUUCCUUUUAAUUUGUGGUAUGUUUGGUGGUUGUGCUGGAGAUUUUUUCAAUUACAUUGUUUUUCCAUUUCACAUUUUUUUGUUACAUUUGUGUUAAAUCCUUGAUAUUUUCACUCAUUGCUCAGCUGGCUAGUUCAUUGGUUUAAAAUUGUGCAAACCUCUGUCCCAGUUGUUGAGACUUCUCCUGUUUAGACAGUUAAAAGCAAGUUAUAAUGGUUUCCACUGAGCUUUCCUUUGCUGUGUUUUCAAUUUGAAAAAGUUCAUCCUGAAAAUGAAUAUUUCUUAUGAUUGUGUUUUUCUUUUUCUGUUCUUUACCUUUUGGAAGGCUAAGCCCUCUUGUAAACCAAUAAAGAAGAGAAAACCUU